GUGAAGUUUGUCAUGGAUGACAGCACAACUCUGGCAGAUUUGUUGAACUUAAAUCUCCACAAUUAUGAAGAUGAAGUCAGAAAUAUUGUAGACAAGUCUGUGAAAGAGAUGAGCAUGGAGAAAGUGCUGAAAGAACUGAAUACUACCUGGGCUACCAUGGAGUUUGAGCAUGAGAAGCAUCCCAGAACUGGCAUCACCAUCAUUAAGACUUCAGAAGAACUUAUUGAAACCCUUGAAGAUAAUCAGGUACAGCUACAAAACAUGAUGACCUCAAAAUACAUUGCUCACUUCCUGCAAGAGGUGUCCAUGUGGCAGAAAAAACUGUCAACAGCUGACCAGGUGAUCAGUAUUUACAUGGAAGUUCAAAGGACCUGGUCUCAUUUAGAGUCCAUCUUCAUUGGGUCAGAGGACAUCAGAAAACAGCUGCCAGAAGAUUCCAGAAGAUUUGAUGGAAUUGAUACAGAUUUUAAAGAACUAGUGAACCAAGUGGAGAGGACAACAAAUGUCAUUGAAUCAACUAACCAGCCUCACUUGUAUGAACGACUUGAAGCACUGCAGAAAGAGCUGGCUCUCUGUGAGAAAGCCUUGGCAGAGUAUUUGGAAACCAAGAGGCUUGCCUUCCCUAGAUUCUACUUUGUUUCUUCUGCCGAUUUACUGGACAUUCUGUCAAACGGAAAUGAUCCUGUGACA